UACAAAUUGGCACCAAGAGCCAAUCUGAGCCAUGCUAGUAAUCUAGGCUCUGACACUGAGUCCCCGUGAAUGCUCAGGAUGAUGCUGGAAGAAUUCAUGAGAGGAUGGUUCAGACAUAAGGGGGGAUGUCUAUGCCUGACCCCUACUUAUCCUCAGCAUCCCCCUCAGCCUCCUCAGACCAGUUUGACUUCCCUUCUGAAACUCUUGCUUUGCCCCUCAGCUCACACAAUGGCCCCUUUCACCACCCACCUGAAACUCUUGUUUACCUCUGGGCAGCUGCUGAAUCAUAGUUCCUGGGUAACAGUUGCCUGGAGACAGUUGCCAGGUCACCAUUGUUAUAGCCCAGCAAAGGGUUCCUAAGACCUUGCAGAGCAGGUAAGAGACACUGGCUGGUCACCAGCUGAGGGUCCUGACCAGGGCUGAGGCUGAGUGCUUGCCCUCCUGUACCCUGUUAUUUGCCCUUCCCAGAAGUAGACAAACAGGAGAGAGGACCGGCCAGAGACUGGGCAGUUUGGCUGAGCUCAGUCCUCUGCCGAGGCUACUCUCUCUCCAAACCCCAGUGUUUUAGCCAAGAAAGGAAUGUCUUGUGGGGUGGGGCUGACCCAUGUGGGUAACUCAAGCUCUGGGGAGGGCUGGGAGCCCUCAGGAUGAGCUCUUUGCCUAGAGCCAUGUCUGUCUCCCCAGAACUGACCCCUCAGAAGGGCCACCUCCUGAGAUCCACAGAGAACGCAUCCCCAGACAGUGAGCGCUGCUCGGGAGGCACCAGCCCUUCAGAAAAUGUUUAAACGCAUCUCCUGCCCGUUGUACCGGGGUGUGAUUUCCUGCCGGUCUUUUUAUCUGACCAGCAGACACAGAGGCCACACUUGUCGAGGUCGGGGCCGUCUUAGCCGAAGAAGACUCACCCGGCGGAGACGGAAUGCAAAGAUGGCCUUGCACUCACGGGCUGGGAGGCCUCAUGGCCAUCACAGAGGUGGAAGUGAGCCACAAGCUGAAGGCACAGCCCAGGACAUGGGGAGUCAGCCUUCCCCAGGCAGGGUGGGCCCAGCUGUCUGCCCCAUCCGAGGGCUGGGAUCUCAAGCUUCUCGAAGACCCCGAAGGGGUGUAGGGACUACAUCUUCCUCAAAGGUUCAUCAUCCUGGUGCCCUCAUGCCUGCAACACGCAGUCGUACAAGAUUCAUCCACUGCCGGGGUAAGCCCCCUCGGACACAUGUCAGCUCCAAGAGACCCAAACGGUCCAGGAUCCGUCGAUGCCACACUCGGGCACCAGGCUGGACCCAUGAGAAACGGAUGGCGAGCAGUGUCGAGGAGGGGCUCCGGCCUGAGCUAAGUCAGCUAGACCAAGAUGCAGACCUCCUGGAGGAAGAAGAAGCUGCCAGAUUCCCUUUGACCUCCCUGGAGGGGCUCUUUCUGGAAGGGGACAAGCAGCCCAGUCCAGGUCAGGGCCCUUUCUUUUACAUCGGAGGCACCAACGGAGCAUCAAUAAUCAGCAACUACUGUGAGAGCAAGGGCUGGCAACGCACGCAGGACAGCCGCUGUGAGGAUUACAAGCUAAAGUGGUGUGAGAUCAAGUCCAGGGACAACUACUGCAGCUUCCGGGAAGGCCAGCAGCUGCUGUUUCAGCUCCCCAACAAUAAGCUGCUUACCACCAAGAUCGGGUUGCUCAGUGCCCUGCGGGAGCAUGGACGCACUUUGAGCAAAGCCAGUCUGCUGCCCAGCACCCAAUCCAAGAUCCUAAAAAUGGACGAGUUUUUCCCAGAGUCCUAUCGGCUGGACAUCAGGGACGAGAGACAGACUUUCUUCACGCUAUUUGAUGAAACCGAGGUAUGGAUCUGCAAGCCCACGGCCUCCAACCAGGGAAAGGGCAUCUUUCUGAUCAGAAGCCAGGAGGAGGCUGCUGCCCUGCAGGCCAAGACCCAGAGCAUUGAGGACGACCCCAUCUACCGCAAGAUGCCCUUCCGUGCACCUCAGGCGCGGGUGGUGCAGAGAUAUAUCCAGAACCCGCUGCUACUAGAUGGGAAGAAGUUUGAUGUGCGCUCCUACCUGCUCAUCGCCUGUACCAUGCCCUACAUGGUCUUUUUUGGCCAUGGUUAUGCCCGCCUCACCCUCAGCCUGUAUGACCCUCAUUCCAGUGACCUCGGUGGUCACUUGACCAAUCAGUUCAUGCAGAAGAAGAGUCCACUGUACAUGCUUCUGAAAGAAGGCACUGUGUGGAGCAUGGAGCACCUCAACCGAUACAUCAACGACAAGUUUAGAAAGACCAAGGGCCUCCCCAGAGACUGGGUCUUCACCACCUUCACGAAGCGGAUGCAGCAGAUCAUGGCCCAUUGCUUCCUGGCGGUCAAGUCCAAGCUGGAAUGCAAGCUGGGUUACUUUGAUCUCAUUGGCUGUGAUUUCCUGAUUGAUGAGAACUUCAAGGUGCUGUCUUGGGAAGAUGAGGUGUGGCUGCUGGAGAUGAACUCCAAUCCUGCCCUACAUACCAACUGUGAAGUCCUGAAGGAGGUGAUCCCUGGAGUGGUUAUGGAGACUUUGGAUCUAGCUCUUGAGACCUGCCAAAAGAGCUUGCAUUGUCAGAAGAUGCUGCCUCUGCUGUCACAGCGUCGCUUCGUGCUCCUUUACAACGGCGAGACUAUGGACGUGUGGCCGCGCUUGGGGGGCUCGCGCCCCCUUGCCCGCCUGCCUCCGCCACCGCCGCCGCUGCCUCCCAGGCCCUCCAGUGAGGCAGCAUCCUCUACACUGUCCUCAGCACGUGCCACAGCAGACCGACCUGGAGCACGCAAGCCGGUGCCUUCCAGGGCUGCUCCCAUAUGCGCCUUCCGCAAAUCGCGGCUGCCUGACUCCAGCGGAGGGUCCGGAGCGGAGUCCGAGCCCUCUCUUUGUUCUGGGUCCCCAGAAAACAGCAGGGACGCGACUGGGGAGCCCUCCCUGGGGCCGUCCGAAGAAGAACGCGAGGAGGAACAGAGGAGCGCGAGCCACCGGGGCUCCUAGCCGCCACGAGCAACCAGCGACCCUGCUCGCGGCCGUGCCCUCUCCGGGACCUAUAAAAGCUACUUUGUGACAAACGCGGCCUCCAGAAGCCGGUCCCACCUGGGCGCCCCAAGCCCUUCUGUCACCCUCCUCUCUUUGCUCCUCGGUUGUCCUUAGCGGAAGGAAAGGGAGCUGCAUGCAGAAUGGGAGUGGAUCCUUCAGAAAGGGAAAAACUUCACUGACCUGUUUUUCCUUCUAUGGGGCAGCCCACCAAAUCCUGGGUUCCCACUUAUUGCUCUUUCUCAUCCUGUAAGAUCCUCCUGAAACUCCAUGGCCUUCAUGACCUCUUCAGCCUGGCAUUGGGACUCACCCUCUGUUCCCUGGAGUCCCCAGGAAAGGUCUCGGAUGCCCAUGGAACUCUGGAAGUCCUAUCCUACCUCAUUACUAUUCUGGAGCAGUACCGGGAUUCAUUCUCAUCCUGCCCACCAUCUUUCUUCUGGCCUUUUAGACACUGUGGAUCAGGGUCUACAGCCUUCUUCCCCACAAAGGCCUGGAGUUUGACAGGGAUGGGGGAGGUACAGAGGAGUUGGCCAAGACAGAGCAGUUCCCAGGAGAAGGAAGACAUUAAGCUGACAUUCGUGAUUGCUCUCCCUCCUCCCCUGCCACCCCCUGCAAUAGUCAUGUUCCUAGUUAGCAUGGAGGUUUGAAAGGAGACCUCUGACCACCUCACAUUUUACACCAAAGUGGCCAGAAUCCUGCCUUUAAGUCCCUGCAGCCAACUCCUGUCCCCUCAAGUUACCCCACCUCUACAAAACUCCAAAGACAACCUCCUACCAACUUCCAAAAGGACCUGCUCAGCUUGAAUACUCUCUUGCAUAUCCUCUUCCUUGUUCUCCCUUCUGACCUUUAAUUGGUCCCAAACAUCAGGCUUAGCUCCACCACAUGUGGGAGAAAUGCCAGACUGGUCCCUGUUCUUUAUUGAAGCAAAUUCCUCGGGAGGAAAGGGAUCCUUCCUUGCACAACAGUCUAAACUGUGGCAGUUUCUAAGAUGCAAUGUCUGGUCACCAGUAGAGGGCUCUGUCAGCAUACAGGGAAGUUCCCUUCCAGAAACUCCUCACAGUUGAACAACUGAGGCUCAGAUCCCAAGGAAAGUAUAGAGACCCUACUUUAGCUUGUGAGCAUCCCACAUCUUUACACACUCCCCACAAGACUGCCUGCUCCACCCCAGAUGCUCCAGGUUCAUUCUUCUUGCUGUGGCCUAGGGCAUGAGGUACAAGGUGUAGUACAAGCACACUCUUGUCUGUAGGUGACCAAGCCCAGCAUCUUCUCUAACAGUCCAGGAAAAUCCUGCCCCUGGUCAGAGGGUCUCUGGUCUAUUGGCUCUGAAGCCCACUGAAGCUAAGAAAAUGGAAACCCAGCCUCCCCAGAGCUUAAGUGCCCUAGGUCUUGGUGAAUCCACAUCCACACCUGUUCCUGGGGUCAAGGUCACAUUUUUGUUGGCAGCCAUGGUGCUACCAGCCAUGUCCUUUGGGGCCACCUGUCACUACAUUCUCAACUUGUGCCUCCUCCAAGACUUAGGUUUCCCAUAGCCUCUCCCCCUCCUCACAGUUCCCUGACUAAGUCAGAGCUGUAUCCCCAUCACUGGCAUGACAAAUAUUUCUGCUCUCAGCACCACAUGGAGCUGCAGCCCUGCCCCCGCCGGGGGGGGGUCAUCUCGUGUCAGUACGGGUGACAAAGCUCUCAGGAGGAAGACGCUUCCUUUGCUGUUGUGGGGACAUGGAACCUCUACUGAGACCAUGAUGUAACAAAUAACUCGGCAGUAGCCUGUCCUGCUGUGCCAACCACAGGCUCCCCGAGGGCUUGGGCUGUCUGCUACCCUUCAUUCCUCGCAGCUGCAGAGCAUGUCAAAGAAGAAGGGUUUCAGGGACCUCUUGCUGCUCACUCAUUCCACGGGAAUGAUAAGCAAUGGCCCCAUCAACCUCCUCCAGGUCCUCCUCAACUCUUCACAGCCCACAUGCAAGUCCCCCAGAGCCCUGAGCUCAGGACCUCAUCAGACUCUGGGGAGAGAGGGGCUGGGGGGCAUCUGAGCACCUGGCCACCUGGCAGCUUCAAGGUAUUCUCUGAUAGUCAAACAAUAUGACGGGACUGGGGUUAAGGAGCUGAAUGAUGGCAUCAACUCUGGGCUUGCCCUGCAGAGCAACCGAUUGCCACUGGGGUUGGUCACCCAAGAACGGGGCUCCUGACAGCUGAAUAUAUCCUCCCUUCUAAUCACCCUUUCCUGUUCUCCUGAGAGAAUUCUGAGACCCUCCUGCUGAAAGUGUCAAGAGUUUCCUUAAGAAGAUGUGGGGAAUUGAGCUACUCACAGCUCUGACCCAAGCACCCUGUGCCUUCUGUUGUCCCUGCAGUCAGACCUUUACCGCACACACGUGCACACGCACAUGCACACAUAUGCACACGCACGCACGCAUGCAUAGGGUCUGGAGCUUUCUGCGUAUUUUAGCUUAGGUCAGACAAUAGUGGGACAUCCUACAUACCUUCCCACUCUAGUCCCCCCAUCUAAAAAGGGGCCCGAACAGAUAGCCUGGUCUUCAGAAAAUCAUCCUAAUUCAUGGAGCUUCUUGGGAAGAUGGGGUAGGUAAGGGAUGGAUGUCUACCUUCUUUCUUCACUCAGCUGCUUCCCAUAGGGACUAGUGGCUGUAUAAGGGACAGUCCCUGAAAUGUGAGCCCAGCCCAAUAGAAGACCUAGACGUAGAGGUACUACCUGGUCAUGCCUCAGUAGCUAGGAGCAGUCAUUACCCACCUGCCCCCCAAGGUCUCUGGACAGCUGUCUGGAGCUGGGGGAGGGGUUGUCGAGUUGUAAAAAGGAAGCGACCUCUCACUUUCCAUGAUACAGGUCCUUCUCUCAAGCUGGGGCACGUCACACACUGAAUAAAGUGUGGGCUCUCAGCAAGCGAGAGGGUGGAGGCUGGGCAGGAGUCACCAGCUGUGGCCGGAAGCAUUUCUGGGAACUGGGCCUGUGCGCUAGCUCUUUAUCUGAAAACAAACUUAUGAAAUCAAGGCCAAGGGGUGUGUGUGUGCUGUGGUUUUCCGGAAGAAAUGGAGAGUGGCUACUGUGGGGUAGGGGUUUCUGGGAAUUGCAGUGAAACCUCCCUCUUGCUAGUCUAGGCCUAGCAGAGACACACCUCAGCUGCUGUGGCUGCCAGACUGCAGGUGGGUAAGUGUCGUCCCUAUUUCAGAAGGCAGGGUCUGGAAUGGUCUCUGCUGGGGUGGCAGGAGGCCUCUGCAGCAGAAUCUUUUCAGCCCAUCCUCUUCCCCACGUUUCUAGUACUCCUGGAUUUCACACACACCUGCUUGCAGUCAUGGACUCUGUCCCUACUUGACUACAAACUCUCAGCCCUGGGGAACUGAACAGACCCUGCACAGCUCACGGUUCUCGUGGAAAUCCCCACAUCUAACAGGCUGGCACAGUUUAUCUUAUGUCCCUGAGGUGAACACGAGAGGAAUUGGGGGCGUUGCUGACUGCAGGGCAAGGGUACAUGGGAGACUACCGCAUACCUCACCCCACCCUGCAGAAUCUCCCGCCAUCUCUAUCACACCCAUCAGUCACCCACGGAGGAGUUUCCAGAAGAGAGUAGUCUGCACACGUCAUGCUAUUUGGGGAUGCCCCACCUGUGGCAGUUCCAGGGGAAGGCAGGACUGCCUAUUGCUCAGAAUCUAGGGGUGUGGUGUAAUAGGCAAGCUGGGAGAUGCCCCCAGCCUCCACCUCCCUUCCCAGGCUUACUCUAGACUUUGCAGAUUGUGCCUGACUCCUAACCCACCCAAAAGGGGACAGAAGAGGCAGCUCCAGGCAAUGAAGGUGGUGCUGGUACAUCCCCAAGAGAUUUCAUGUGGCCCUGAGCGCUGUGUGUUCUGAUCCCAAUGUCCUCCACUUCCAUGGCAAUUUUUCCAUCUCCUCCUCCAGUCUCUUCCAGGUGCCUGUGUGUUGAUGGGGCUGUUAGCAUCAGAAGUUGCAGAUACAUCCCCCCCCCCAAUCCCUAUUUACCUGCUGUGAGAUAAAAGACAGGAGACAUUAAGUGGAAGGAGGAACAAGUGAGUGCCCAGGUGUGCAGAUGCCUUAAGGGUACUGCUACAAUUCCUUCCCCCAGGCCUGCCACUCCCUGGAUAUCCAUUCCAGGAUGGCCUUAUUGAGUGUAGCUCUGGCUGUCCUGGUCACUUUGUAGACCAGGCUGGCCUCGGACUCCCAGGAUCUGCCUGCCUCUGCCUCCCGAGUGCUGGGAUUAAAGACAUGUGUCACUACA